UCCCAGGAUUAUAAAAUGACCGUCCGACUACUCGUUCGGUCGUGUGAACAGCAUACUAAUAAAGUCGUGAAUCCUGUGUUCCAGCCGAAGACCUGAGCAUCACCGGGCUAAAGUGGGCGGCAGCUUGGCAGAGAUGGAGCGUGCCUUCGAUCAUGUGGCGAUCCGGCGGUGGAUUGGGCAAGGGGCUCGGUUCUAGUUCCUCGAAUCCCGAGGGCUUCAAUUGUCCGGCCUGUGGCAGGGUGUACAAACUGAAGAGCAGCCUGAGAAAUCAUCAGAAGUGGGAGUGUGGCAAAGAGCCUCAAUUCCAGUGUCCUCACUGUGUGUACAGGGCAAAGCAGAAGAUGCACAUCGCGCGGCACAUGGAACGAAUGCACAAAGAGAAAAUUUACAAGCAAGAGCUCGUCUAACGAGGGUGGUGAACGCGGAAACCGUCGACGUCGUCGUCCGGGCGCGAAAGGCUACUACGCAAACUUCCAUCGACUUCCAUAUUCCAUCGGCUGCUACAUCGCGAGCAACGUUACGAACCACGUUAGAAAACGCGCGUCAUCCUCUUCUUUCGCGCUCGGUUGACGUUCCGAUUAACCAUUGCAAAAGAGAGACGAACACACCACACACGGAGUGACAGAGGAACGACAGA